UCCAUGCUUACAAGUUCAAUGAACGAAGAAGCGCAAUAUUGUAGCGAUUUAAUUGUUUCUAAGUUGUUUGUUUUGAAUUGUGUUUGUUGUAAUUUAGUAGUCAACGCCAAAGUAUGGGCAAACCUAAAAAGGGUCAGAAAGGAGACAGUAAUGAUAUAAGUGAUGAGGAAGUUUCUGUUGACCAGCCCUCAAAAAUGGCCGAUGAUAACACCAGUUCAGCUCCAAAUAAAUCAAAAGCUGCCAAAAAGGAGAAGAAGAAAAAUCGUGGAAAAAAUGAUGAUUGGGAAGAUGACGUAGCAGCCGAGAUUGCCGCCCUGGCCCUGGAUGGGAAGUCAGAUUUGACAAACGAGAAUGAAGAUGACAUUGAGGAGAGCAAGCCAGCGAAGAAAAAGGAAAAGAAGAAGAAGAAAAAGAUAGAAAGUGAUGAGGAAGAGGAUGAAGCUGACGGUGAAGUCAUUGUACCGGAGAAAGGCAAAAAGUCUAAAAAGCCAGUCGCUUCCUUCCAGAUGUUAAUGAUGGAUGAUGAUGAAGAUGAGGAACACGUUUCCAGUGGCAACGAGGAUGUGACGGAUGCUGUGACCGAACCUGUUCCAGCACCUGUUAUGCCCAAGUCACAGAAAGAGAAGAAGAAAAGCAAAGAGAAAGAAAAGAAGAAAACGACAGAAGAGGAGGACAUCGAUGCUAUUUUAGCCUCCCUGGAAAAACCGACUGAGAAAUCGGACAAAAAGAAGAAAAAGAAAGGAAAGAAAACUGAAGAGGAUGUGGACUCGGUUGCCAUAGAAACUGAGAUACCGGAGCCAGCGGAAGAGAAAGUUGUCACAGUGGAAGAUCUCGAUGAAGAUGACGACAAGAAGAAAAAGAAGAAGUCGUCUAAGAAGGUAGAUGAUGCAGAGAAGGACGAUGAAGGGGAGGAGGGGGAGGAGAAUGACGAGGGAGGAGGAACGGUGAAAACACAGGCUCAGAAACGCAAAGAGAAGAGGGAGCGAGAAAAACUCAAAAAGUUACAAGAAAAGCAGAAGAAAAAGAAGAAAGAAGGCGAUGUAGAAAAGGAAGAUACCCCUGAAAAUGAAGGCGAAGCAAAAGGGGAAACAAAAGAAGGUGAAGAUGAAGGGGAGGAAGAAGGGAAGAUGAAGAAGAAGAAGAAGAAAGGCGAGAAGGAGGAGAAAGCGAAGCCGAAGAAGCACCUGGCGGCCAUCAAGGCUCACCUGCAGAUGGUGAAGGAGGAGGAGGAGAGACAGCAGAAGGAGGAGGAGGAGAAGGCCAGGCUGCAGGAGGAGUUGCAGCGGCAGAUUGAGGAGCAGAGGAGACUAGAACAGGAAAAGAGAGAAAAGAGGAAAGAAAAAGAGAAAGCAAGAAAGGAACGAUUGAAAGCUGAAGGGAAGCUUCUCACUGAUAAACAACGGAAAGAUCAACAGAGACUCAAUCAGAUGCUGCAAGCCAUGAAAGAACAAGGUGUCGAGAUUCCAUCUCGUGAUGAUAUACCAAAGAAGAAACCUGUAUACUUUGACAAAAAGAAGAGAAAACAACAAACUGCUAAAAUUCAAGAGCCUGACAAGAAUCCCUCUCCGACGGAAGAGCAAACUCCAGUGUUGACGCCCGACACACCCACCGAGAAGCCGGAGGUCGCGCGGACGGUCAACGUGGAGGUCAAGGACAGCUGGGACUUGGAAGAAGAUAUUGCUGAUGCCUGGGAUGCAGAGGAGGAAGAAGAGAAGAAACCCAAACCAAAAUCAGUGGAGGUGACUGUGAAAGUGGACGAGGAGGUAGAGGAGGAUGAGGAAUCAAAGGAGGAGGAGAGUGAGGAAUCUGACGAAUCGGACGAGGAGACCGACAGUAGUGAGGAGGAAUCGGACGACGACCGGUCGCCCAUAGAGCGCGGCAGAGAACGAAUCGCGAAACGACAUGCAGAAUGUGAGAAAAGGAGAACGACAGAUAAACUUCGUGCCCCGGUUGUGUGUGUGCUGGGACACGUAGACACGGGGAAGACCAAGAUUUUAGACAAGCUGCGGCGAAGUCACGUCCAGGACGGCGAGGCUGGGGGAAUCACACAACAGAUUGGUGCUACUAAUGUCCCCCGCGAUGCCAUCCUCGAACAGACGAAAAUGUGUAAAGAGUUUCAGAAAAAUGAACUUAAAGUACCUGGUCUUCUGAUUAUCGAUACGCCAGGCCACGAGUCUUUCAGUAACCUGCGUUCGCGAGGUUCCUCUCUCUGUGAUAUUGCUAUUCUUGUGGUUGAUUUAAUGCAUGGUCUCGAGCCACAGACGCUGGAGUCGAUAAAACUACUAGAAGAUAGACACACUCCUUUCGUUGUAGCUUUAAACAAGGUUGACAGGUUGUACCAGUGGAAACCAAUGCCGAACGUGGACAUUGCAUCGACGUUGAAGAAACAGUCGGGGCCCACCAAGCUGCAGUUUGACGAGAUGAUGAAUCAAGUUAUUCUUCAGAUGGCAGAGCAGGGACUCAAUGUGUGUCUGGCGUGGGACAACAAGGACCCUGAUGAGUACAUCUCGAUGAUUCCGACUUCAGCACACAGUGGUGAUGGGAUGGGGAGUCUGAUCGCUCAGAUCUGUGACGUGUCGCAGACACGCAUCGCCAAACAGCUGGCGUACAGCGAGGAGCUGCAUGCAACCACCAUGGAGGUGAAGGCCAUUCCUGGGUUGGGCACAACAGUUGAUGUUAUUCUGGUUAAUGGAAAGCUCUGUGAAGGGGAGACCAUUGUAAUAGCUGGAACUGAAGGACCAAUCACAACACAGAUUAGAGGUCUUCUUAUGCCACAGCCAAUGAAAGAGCUGCGUGUUAAGAACCAGUAUGAACAUCACAAGGAGAUCCUGGCAGCCCAGGGUGUGAAGAUCAUAGCUAAAGAUCUAGAGAAGGCGCUGGCCGGAUUGCCACUGUACGUCGCCACGCACUCGGACGAAAUAGACUACUACAAGAGUGAGCUGCAGCAGGCGUUGUCAGACGUGCUCGAUUCCAUCAACGUCACGGAGCGGGGAGUCUUCGUCCAGGCGUCAACUCUUGGAUCACUUGAGGCCUUAUUGGAGUUCUUACGAACCUCUAAAAUACCUUAUGCUGGAAUCAGCAUAGGUCCAGUCCAUAAAAAAGACAUCAUGAAAGCUUCCGUUAUGUUAGAACACGAUGGCCAAUAUGCUGUGAUUUUAGCAUUUGACGUGAAAGUUGAACGUGACGCUCAGGACUUGGCGGAUAGUUUAGGAGUUAAGAUAUUCACAGCAGACAUUAUUUAUCACUUAUUUGACCAUUUCAUGGCAUACCGCGAUGAACAGAAAAAGAAGAAACAAGAGGAAUUUAAACAUAUUGCUGUGUUUCCGUGCAAACUGAGGGUUUUGCCACAGUUUAUUUUUAACUCAAGAGACCCAAUUGUGAUCGGAGUUUCGGUGGAGUCAGGCUUUCUCAAAGAAGGGACGCCCAUCUGUGUACCAUCAAGAGAGUUUGUAGACUUGGGCCGUGUGACGAGUAUCGAGUACAAUCACAAGGGGGUGGACAUCGCUCGGCAGGGCCAGGAGGUGUGCAUCAAGAUUGAAUCCAUCCCAGGCGAGGCUCCGAAACUGUAUGGGCGACACUUCGACCACAGUGACACACUCGUCAGCAAGAUAACUCGUGACUCUAUCGACGCUGUUAAAAACUAUUUCCGUGACAACAUGCAGAAACAGGACUGGAUGUUGAUCGUGGAGCUGAAGAAACUGUUUGAGAUUUUAUGAGUUCUCUUGAUCACACUUCACACAGAUCAUGUCACAGCUCAGUUCGCUCGAUGCCACAGCCGAUUGCCAUUAUGCCACAGCUCAUGGUCCAUGAUGCAUCACUUCUAAGCAAGUGGCUUUGUGAUCAAAGAUCUGUCAAGACUCUGAUUUUGGCCAAGAAUCUUCAGUUUUUCCAGCCAGUCCCCUUGAUUUAGAGAAACUCCACAUGGAUCCAGAUUUCUAAUUUAUUCUCUGGGCAGCUCAAACUAUCUCUGUAGGAAAAUAACCAAUAAUAUCUUAUAUUUUAUGUUUUAUUUUGUUUUGUUUACAAAAUAACUUUAUUCAAAGGGGCUAGUCAAAUAUUUCAUAAAUGUUAUUUUUAACAAAAUUAGACGCCCUCACUCUCCAUAACGAUAGACCAUACACCCCCUAAAAUAUUAUGUAAUGCUUGGAGACCCCCUCCAUCCCAUUGAAUCAUAUUGACAUCAUACAAUAGGUAUAACAUGUAUACAUCUAGGUUAAAACAUUGUCACUAAGACAGAGCAUUUAUGAAAAAAACUAUUAAAAAAUUAGUAAUUUAAACAAAAGUGUGUUGCAUAACGUUGUUCAGUACAUCCACCUACCCCGUAAAAUGUUUGGAUCUACAUCCGCCCCCUCGAGUGUUACGUAAUAUUUGAAUGGCCCCAAAUGUUAAAAUGCUUAAUUCCAUUAACGGGUCUUUACCCAAAACGUUUCUGGUCAGUACUACUUCCAACAUGGCAGGUUUCUCUGAAUGAAAGAACAUUUUACAACACCUCAGCAUGAAAAACUCAUCCCAGACUGCUGUUUUUGAUUGCUGAAUAUAAUAUUGUUUUAAAAUGAAAACACAUCGACAGUUAGCUGUGAAACAAACAUUAAAAACAACAUAAUUUAUACAAAAAUUAUAAACGUACCAAUAAAAGACAGGGUAACAGCUGUGAAAGAGUCACAUACCAACAAUAAAAUAUCAGGAAAACAAAACCAAAAAAACCCUGAAUAUCAUGUCGGACCAUGGGAACAAUGCAUGGAGCUGUGGUAAACAUGAAAUAAAACUUUAAAAGUUUGUUUUGUUUAACGAUAAUCACUAGAGCACAUUGUAAAACAACAAACAAUAUAGCACCGAAUUGUCAACAAAAUCUAUCACAAAAUGUUUUAAACGAUAAACAUAUAUUAGUUUGAAAACAUCAUCACAGAUGCUUAUAGAAGGUAUUUUUAAGAUGUUAACAGAGACUUGUGAUUGUGUGCUGUGUUAUCGAGGAAAGCCCACGAGAAUGUUUCCGCCCCUGUAUUACAGUGUGCAGGGGCCAGGUAGGACUUUAAAUUGUCUAUUUUUCUUGGAUAUUACAUAUUUACUGACACAGUUUCAGCUAUUUUUGUGAAUAUGUCUGAUAAACAAUUGAUGGAAGUAACAUUUCAUAUGGACUGUAAAUUUGUCACUGAACAAAUCUGUGAACAUUUGUCUGCCAUGUUGAGUAUUAUUUAGUACACAUGUAUGAUUAUAAGAAUGUUGUCAUCCAAAGUUAAUUGGAUGAUAAAUUAAGAAAUGUAAAUGUUGACAAGUUUAUAAAUAGAAAUGCACUUGUGAUAAUAUUUGUUUUGUAUUAACUUUUGUAAGUAUGAAUAAUAUUGAGAAUUGGGCAGUCAAGUUGUCAAAUAUUAUAUUUUGCUUGGUGGUUGUUUUUAUGUUGAAUAGUGUGGCUGCAGUGAGUAACUAUGUACUGGUAUAUAUGAACUGGCCUCGGUGGUGUCGUGGUUAAGCCAUCAGACAUAAGGCUGAUAGUUAAAUCGUAGCUCGGCACCUACUCCCACCCAGAGUGAGUUUUAACAACUCAAUGGGUAGGUUUAAGACCACUAUACCCUCUUCUCUCACUAACCACAAACAACUAACUCACUGUCCUGGACAGACAGCCCAGAUAGCGUGCUUGAACCUUAACUGGAUAUAAGCACGAAAAUAAGUUGAAAUGAAAGGUAUAUAUGCGUUAUUAACAGAGUUGUCUGCUAGUAACAGUGUUCUCACUGCUGCAUUAAAGUGGCUGGUCCUCUCCGUUAUUGCAUUUUGACGCCACACUUUUGUGUUUUGCUGCCCCCUUUACUUUUUUGUGCCCGCUUUACUUUUCCGCAUCCUAUUGUAUUUUACAGCACCCAAAAUGCCCACUUUUUUCACACUGAAAAACACCUAUCAGUCUGCACACUGGACAUCAAAGGAAACAAGCUGUGUUGUGGACGAAAACACAACUGAUAAAAAAAACUUCAGUAGAUUAUAACAGUUAUCAUAAUGUAACGGUGGGUUUUGGGUGUCGCGCAGCCGUCCUUCUUUAAUUUUCACCCAGUGAGAACACCGAGUAAUCAUGCUAACUGUUGUCCAGUCAAACCUGACUGUAGCCACACAAGUCAAUAGGGCGAAGUGUCUGCUGAAUACACGUCAAUCUGUAAUACAGUAUUGGAAUCGAUGGAUGAAUGGUUAAUGACGCCCCAGCACAAAACAUAUAUUGGCUUUUGGCUGUCAAACAAUGGUUCAUUAUAUUGGAGACUAAUUACAAGAUGGCCUCUAUUGACAGCAGGGUUUCUGCCAGAGGGUUAAACGACUAUGGCGCUAUACCCAAAUAUUUUUGCUGAUUUUUAUUUUUAAGUUAACUUUUUAUCAAAAUUCAUUACCUUUAUCAGUACUGUAUGAUUUUCUUAACCCUAACCCUAAACUUAACCCAUUUUCUUUUUGGUGGAGGCCCCCAAUACCCUCUGUUGAAUGUGAUUACAUUUUAUUCCAUAAUGUCCCAAAAUUUUCUUUCUGGCAGAAACACUGAACAGGUAACUGCUUCAUGGAGGUGCCAACAGGAAUGGGCAUUUACAAUAAUAUGUAGUUUCAGCUUCAUGAAUUAAUACGUUGCUACAUUGUAAACAUGAUCAACCCACUGAUCAAUGUUUGAAGUCAUUCAAAAGCUAAUUUAUUUGUUUUUAGCAUUUCUGCCUUUUUGAGAUUUUUAGUUAAUGAUUGUUUGAUAGGCUCCACAUUUGCUGUAUAAUUUUGGAUUGGGAAACCUUUUUGAAUAGUGCUUGAUUUGCCAUUAUUUUUCUAUAACUGAAAUUGUAAUAUUUGAUUUUAAAAUGACAUGUUCCUUAUAUCUGUGAUGAAACACAUGGCAUUAAAGUAGUUUCCUCUUCCCUCUCUCACUCAGCGUCUUCUGGUUCCUUAGUCAGAUCCUUUCUCUUGCACUCUCACAUUGACCACACAUUGUUCUUUAAAUAUCCUUUGCCAUCAUCCUUCAAUGUUUUCUAGUCCUAAUUUUGAUAAAAAAAUUUAAAUCAUAUUUUUUUUAAUGAAAGAAUCAAGCAAAAAAUAAGACUGCAUUUGUAUUGGAGGCAAAAUUAACAUCAAUUCAUGAUGUUAAGUAGCAGACAGAUGUCUAAAAAUUAAAACACAAUUACAUAUUUUAUUGUUUAUUUUUACUUUUUUUACUUUUUAUUAUUUCUGUUAUACCAUGAUGUCCUGAGUGGUGGUAUUGAUUUUAUAUCUGCGUGCUUCAUACAUUGCUUUUGACUGCUGACAAAUAUGUGCUGAAUUAUUUAUUAGUCAAUGGAUAGAUGUAUUUUGUGUCGGCACUUGAUAUCCAUCAGUGAUCCCAUCCUUUCAGCCACAUGGAUUGUUUUGCGAUGCUGAAUCGGGUUAUAAAUUAUGUAGACCCAGGUAACACAUGAGCAGUCGAACUAAACUGAUGCAUUAGACUUACAACUCUGUAUUCUAUUUUUAGCCAUAUUUAAAGGCAGGAUGGCUUGUGGCCUACCAAAAGCAGUGUCGCACAGAUCACCUCACUUGAAAUGUACACUGUACAUUUGCUCCCAUUCAGAAGAAGUUCGAAUGUAAAAAAAAAAAAUCAAUGUUAUGGGAAUCUAUACCUAAAUUUUAUAUAGACCAAAUCAAAUAUAUAAAAAUUAGUGUAACCAUUUGUAGGUAUGGUAAAUACAGUCUUUUCCUUUGUUUAUAAAGCUUUGUCGGAUUGCUGCUGGUUAGCACUGAGCAAAUUGGACAUCAUUUUACACAUAGGAUACCUUAGCAAAGUCACCCUGUGUAUAGGUCAUAGCCAUAGCAAUUUAGAUGUAAAUGGGUAUUUAGAUUUAUUGCAAGUGUCGUUAAUUAAAAUUCCCCAUUUUUAUUCGGUUGUAAUAUUCUAAAUUGUCCUUUAAAAAAUGGCUAUCCAGGGACGGGACCCAGGACAGACAUGCUUGAAACCUUAGUGGUAUAUAAGCAUGUUAACAUAAUUCAGCUCAGCAAGUGUCAUGAGUUGGUGCUUGUAGAUAUCUGAUGUUUCUGACCAUUUGUUGUCUGUUACUUUCUGCUAGACAUGCCUCUUAUUUGUGCUAAACAGACUGGCAAAGGUGCUGCUUUUAAACAGACUGGCAGAGGUGCUGCUUUUAAACAGAAUGGCAAAGGUGCUGCAUCUAGCCAGUACUGCUUCAGGACACUUGAUCAUCAAGUAGCCAAACUUUCAAAAACGAAUUUGUUGACAUUUGUUUCCAACUUUGAACAGAAAUUGGGAAGCAAAAGGGAUUCAUUACUGGUAGAUGAUUACUGGUAUUUAUUAUUUUCACAAUUACAGUGACAGAUUUAUACAUUUUAAUAUGUAGCACAGAAUGUUCAUGUGUUGUCAAUGACAUUUCUGUUUUUUCUUCUUCUUUUUUUCUUACUUAUAUUUAAGUAAAGUUCAAGCAUGCUAUCCUUGGCACAUACUUCUGCUAUCUGGGCUGGCUGUCCAGGACAGGAGAUGAUGCUUAGAGGGAGAGAAGUCUGUACUGCGACCUUACACCGUACACCUUGCAUUGAGGCGUUAAAACGUCUGUGCAUGAGAGCCGAUACUGCGGUGCAAACCCAAUGCCUACCACAACCCCUGCAGUUGCCCACAGCAAUUGGCAAUGGCCCAAGGGUCUUUUUUUUAUGCUGUGGACUAUAUUCAAUUUUCCUCCACUGCAUGUGUUUUUUGCCAUAGACAUUUUCUCAAUUACUUUUUGUAUUUACCAUAGUUUGACACCCAAUAGCCGAUGUAUUUUUCAUGCUGGGGUGUCCUUAAAUAUUCAUUCAUUUCUCAAUUGCAGGGGUUGCUACCAGUUGUCAUAAGUCUGAUUACUUAAUUACUACAGCAUUGAGGCCAGUGGGAAGUGUUACCUGAGAGGCAUAAAUAAUGAAAUGUUCAUUUUGUUGUGUAUGAGUGCUUAGAAAACCAUUGUAUUGAUAUUAUGCCAGUCAUAUGGGCUGGCUAAACUGCUUUACCUAAUCAGUGUGAAUGACAUUUAGGAUUUUCAAAGAAGAUGAUGAAAGGUGGGGAAGGCAGCAUGAGGUCAUUGCCCUUUCCACCCCAUGGCCACUACCGAACUAAUAAUAUACCACUAUACUAUCUUGGUUUGGUCUUGUUUGUAUGCUCUCUAAUUUGUGCUUGUAAGCUGGGUUGGGGUGAGUUUAUAUUUAUUUGUGUUUUAACCUUGUAUUUGUGAGGUUGUUAUGAAUUGUGAGUAUAUGACAUUUUUUUUAUUGUAGAUAAUGUGGAAGUAUAGAAAUAGACUGUUGAUGCCAUGAUGAACCUCAUUGUUAAAUUCUGGGAAUGGAAAUGUGGAAACAAAAAUAAUAAAUUGUUGAUAUUUUCA